ACCACGAUCUGAAGCAUAGCGUAAAUCUGUCUAAAACGUGCCAAAUGGAGGUACCGUGAUAUUCUGUGUUUGUUAAUUAUCAGGAUGUUUUAAUUUUCUCCGACUAUUUGUGUUUUUUAAAUUUAUAUCAGUGGAAUAUUUAGCCGUUUAUUAAUGUGCGUGAGAUGUGAUUUUAAGCGAAAGGAAUUUAAGUUCUAGGAGAGCUCGACGUGACCGCUUCAUCUCUGUGUUGUCGUCUGCUCUAUGUACUAUCAAAGCUAGACCAAGAGAUUCAAGAUGGCGACUCUUCCUGAUGCUUGUGUGUCUAGCAGUUCCACGGACCCGGCAUCAUUGCCAGGAACCCCGACACACUACGGUUCUACAACAUUAUCGAUGAAAACUGCCGGACCUAAGUGUAAAUUAAUUAAUGAGGGCGAUAUACAAGUGUGUCGAUUGAACCAUACACGGACCAUCGUAAGCAAAAUAAUGAACUCCAAAUAUUUGAGACGAUGGGAGAGUCACCAUAUAGUAUUAGGUCAUAAUGUUAUUCGUUCACAAACGCCGACAGGGUUUAUGGAAAUAAGCGUACCUUACUCCAGUAUAGAAGAUGUUCAUGUCGUCUCACGCUGGGAUGCAGGGCAAAAAUUUUGUAUCAGGAUUACAAUCCAAGAUGGCUCCUUGUUAUUACAGGCUAACAAUUCCUACUUAAGAGACCAGUGGCUGUAUUCUGUUCAAUGGAAGAGACACAUGUAUAAAUAUGAGAAAUUACUGAAGAAUGCACGAAGACCGGAAGUUUUGGUCAAAGAGAUCAAGGGUAUGAUUGAUGUAUCAUUAGGAACACCGAUACAGGAUGCCUCUGUUUAUCAAUUUCCUUUAGAUCUUGUAUCAGAGCUACUCCAACAGAAUGCAGAUGUCAUAACCAAACUUGCUCAUGAAAAUAUAAUCGUAGCGUUAACACCAUUGUUAGAAAAUAACCAUCCAACUCAAGAAAUCUGUGAUUUUUUCAGUAAGCAUUGUAAGAAUAGUCCUAGAUCUAGUAUAGUCAUAGAACUAUUUACACCGGUUGUACAUAGAAUAUUAAAGCAUAAUAUGGAUUUUGGGAAGUAUCCAAGAAUGCGGUUAUUUGUGCAAGAAUAUAUUCAAGCAUUAAAUUGUCAGAAUGAUGGCAUCAGAGUUGUCAAUACUUUUGUUAAAAGUAUGCAUGGUCCCGGUAGUUCCUGUCCACAUCCUCGUGUUUUACCCAAUAUCGUGGCCGUCUGUUUAGCUGCCAUUUAUAACUGUUAUGAAGACAAGAAAACUGCUAUGCAAAAUAAUUUGGAUAGAAGUUUUGAUCAUGUAGAAUGGAAAAUGAGGUUAAUGUGUUACGGAGCUAUAUUAGAGACAGCAUCUGAAUAUGAAGAUUGGAGAUGUGUAUUGGGUAGUUUACUUCAACCUAUACCAUUUCCUGAUGAUGCCAUAGCUGAUCAAGACUUUACUUCAAGUAUGAAGCCCGUGAUUGGUAAUAUAGCUAAAGAUAGUAAUUGUGACGUUCAUCAGACCGUGUUGGGAAUACGUGAAGGCAAGGAAGGCUGGUUCCAUCUAUAUUGUCCAGGUGGUAUCGCCUGUGAUGACGAAGGCGAGCUAUGGGGUAAUAUGCUUGGAACUUUAAUUCGAUGCUGCUGUAGAAGAAAGAAGUUUUUGAUUGGUAUGACGAAGAUGAUUGGUCCCGUUAUGUUACUAGCUUUAAGAGAUACGGUGUCUGCCAUGGAGGUUUUAUGUGCCAUGUUAGAGUUUGAAAUCUUAGAGAGUCAAGAUAUGAAGAUGCAACUAAUAACAACGUUACAGAGUACGUCAGAUGGGAAAAAAAUGUACGCAGCCCUGUGUGAUAGACAAAUUGCUCUUCGAGAACUCCAACAAAAAGGUGGACCAAAGAAACUGACUUUACCGUCGAAAUCAACAGAUACAGACUUGUCGAAGAUGUUGAAUUCGGGCUCAUUCGGAAAUCUGGAGUGUCUGAGUUUAGCGUUUACACAGGUUACGAGUGCGUGUGCUCACGAUUUGAUCAAAUUACCUUCCUUACGGUAUCUUAAUCUCUGGUCUACACAGUUUGGUGAUGGUGGACUCCAGCUUUUAUCCGAACAUCUUCAUAAACUUCAAGUUUUAAAUUUAUGUGAAACUCCUGUUACAGAUAAAGGUUUAUCGUCGCUGGCAGCUUUAAAGAAUUUAAGGAAGUUGAAUUUAAACAGUACAAGUUUAUCAGCCUUGACAUUUGAGGGGUUGAAGGAGAAGUUACCGUCACUACAGGAGUGUGACGUACGAUAUACAGAUGCGUGGUGAUAAAAGGCCUAGAGUUGUUGACACGUCUAUAAACUAAGCCUUAGAAUAUAAUAACUUCUGUUGGUACCUCUAGGGGGCGCUCAACAUUAAUUGUGCCUAUGUUUUUAUUUUAUUAAACUGGUAAUCAAUACGUAACCUAGUUUAUAGUAAAUAAACUUCACUUCCACUGGAUGUCAAAGUCUUUUAUCGAUGGAUACACCAACAACGCUGUGCGUUAAAAUGGAGUAUGAUAUAUAACUACAAGAGAUAUUGUCAAUUGAAGUGUAAAACAUAUAACGGAAAACUGUGUUUAAACUGGUUAAUCAGGAAAAUAUCUCCCGAAAGCUGUCGUAUAUUUCAAAACGACAUCCAAAUUAAUAAAAAAAACUCAAUUAAUGAAGUGAUGGUUUGUGGACAUGUCGGAUGAUAUAUGUUCAUCUAGUGGAUUUCAUUGGUCAGUAUAUUUAUAUAAAAUAUCCCUUGUGUAUAUAUAUAUACAUGUGAUGACCUAUUAUUCAUAUAACCUGUGACCUUUGACCUAUUAUUCAUAUAACCUGUGACCUUUGACCUUUAAAGUGCUAUAAUGUUACUUGUGAGAAGUUGACUCAAAUGCAAAAUGUCAAAAUAAAAUGGAUUUAAAAUAAAACGUUUUGUGGAAGUGGAAUAAAACCCAAGACUAUACACAAAGCGAUUUGCAAAGAGUAUAAACAUAACGCAAACGUAAGGCAAGCAGGAAUAUAAAAUAAGAGAGGCAAGAAACAUAAUCUUGCUAUUUCGUGGGAAAAUAAGUCGUUUGUAUUUCCCGCGCCCUGAAGAGAACUUUUCCUUUUAAUAUUUUAUUUGAAAGAUUUACAGUGCAUUAAAUACGCUUGGAUUUAAAUGUUGAAUAUUGUUCGUGUUGAUUGUAUCGUUGUUUGUUUUAUAGCUUGAUUUCUACUGUCUGUUUCAUAUUUAUAUAUGUAUAUACAAGUUGUCGUUUGUCAAAAUGAUUCAGAUAUGUUUUUUUAUUGAUAUUACACCCUUUAGGUGUACUUCAGGUGCACGUUAAAGAUCCCUUGACUGUUGUAUUGGGAAGAAUGGUUAAGCAGAAGCGCCACUGCCUGGGCUAAAUUUCAUUUUCUCCUUUUAUCUUUGCACAAGUAUGUUAACCCAUGAAAUAAUAAAAAUGACCAAAGAAUUUUCUAUUAGCAUUCUGUACAUAAUGUCCAUGUUAUAAUAUACAAGAAUCUGGAAGUCUCCGAUCACCUUCAAGGAUUGUAAUAAACUACAAGACUCGGGGGUGACUCGAGAUCCCGCAACUUGUUCCAACCUCUGGUAUUAAGUUGAGAUAAAUAAGUUGCUUUUGUUGUCACCUUAAACGAUAUGUCCACAUUAAAGAACUGCUGCUAUUUUUUUAUUUUACAUGUUAUAUGGGUACAUAACGUAAAUAUUAUAUACGUACAUAACGUAGAUUAACAUACAACUGUAUGCCAUUGUCUUUAAUUUUUUAAAAGAUGCAUUAUGUAAGAGCUAAAUUGGCCUAUUGCAGAUCUUUAUUUCCACCUCAAAAGUUAAAUAAAUUAUUAAUAAGACAUAUAUCCUCUCUCUAGACCAUCAGAUGGUCGUGAUUUUCAGUGGAUUGAAAUGUGAUCGCCAUUUAAUAACGUAAAAAUGGAUAAUCGAGACGGCAACAAUGAUAUUCGAGGCUACAAGGUUUCUUGGCUUAGACUGAAGUAAUUUGGUUGAAAUUAUCAGAAUAUUCCCUUUACAUUAUCUACUUUUUAACUUUUAUAGCGAGAACUGUCAGCUUUUUAUCUAAUCUCCCAUAAUGUAUCUUUAAUUAAUUGAAGAAGGAUAAUUAAUUAGGUAGACCAACUGUUGAUUAUAUGGUAUACAAUAGAGAAUAUUCCUUUAUCUUGUUCUGAACAAACUUGUCAGGACUUCAUAUUAUUAUUAAUUAUUGAAACAAAAUUCUCGAUAUUUGAAGAUAUGUUAUAGUUAAUGAUAAUUUCAUUUUAAAUAUCAUUAAAGGAUGCUGGAUAUUUUAAUGUUAAAUUAUAAGUUUUUUUUAGAGAUAUAUAUAUUGAGACGGAAUAUCUGCUGGCAGGUUAUAAUAAUCUAAUACCAUUAUACAAAUAUAUUUUAGCCCAUUAUUUUUGCAUUCUGUUCCCAUUAACACCAUUUUCAACUUUUGUUGUUUUUUUUUAUGUUAAUUAUAAUAAUUCUGCAUGAACCCAUCAUGAUUUUAUGUAUGUAUGGACAUGACCUCCCAAAUUGACUUGAAAAGUCAGUGCGAAGAUCAAUUCACAGAACACGAUGCUAAGGAAUACAUCCACAGUUUAUUAUUCAGCAACGAUUUUACUUGGAUUUUCGGGGGGGGGGGGCGACGUUGUAUCAUAACUUCUGCCCUUAAGUCUGUUUCGAUUCCCCGCUUGUACGUGACAAGGAGUAGGGUGGCCGGUCCAAUCUUGUGGAUUUUCUCCGGGUCCUCCGGUUUCCUCCCACUGCUAAAGAUCCCUAUUGAAUUAUUGAAAUAAAACUGAACCAUAUACUAGUCCCAAAAUCACCUAGUUUGUGUUGAGUGGACUUAAACUCUCUCUCUCUCUCUCUCUCUCUCUCUCUCUCUCUUCUUGUGAACCAUGUUUAGUUUAAAAUAUGUAAACUAAAACAGGUUAAGAAGAGCCAAGAAGUUGAUAAAUUUAAUUAUUUUUGUUGAUAAAUUUAAUUAUUUUUUCACCUGGAGAAAUAGUAAGUGUUCUUGAAGAAGUCAGGCCUGUAGCUAGCGGUUGGGCAAUACGAAGCCAACGACCAAUAAUGUACCUAUAUCAGUAAGGGCGCCCCAUAAAGCUGAGUGACAGUGGUUGAGCUGCCCCCCUUGCCCGCCCGCUAGCUACGGGCCUGGAAGUAAACUCUUGAGUUGGUAUGGCAAAGGUAUAUAAUCACAUAUAGAGGUUUGUUUUGUUUUGUUUUUGUUUUAUUAGCUGAUUCUGCCAAUAAUUGUUUGUUUAUUUUAAAUUGUUUGUAAUUAUAUUUUAGAUUUAAUACUUGCAUUUGUUUUACACCAGUAUAUUGAGAAUUCCAUAUUUUAUUGUGUGCCAAUCUUAAACAUAAAUUAUUCAAGAAAUACAUGUAAAUCUGCCUACUGCAGGUCUUUCGUUAGGUCUUAAAAGUUAUAUAAAUUAUUAAUUAGACAAUUAUUAACUUGCCAAGACCAUAAUCAACUCUUGAUGCCAUCGGAUGCUCAAGAUUUUUUCCAUGGAUUUAAACACGAUUGGUGGUUAAUGAUGGAUAAUCAAGACUUUGUUUACUAUGGUAAAAAUGAAGUAAUUUGACUACAAUUCUCAAUAUGUCAUAUAUAUAAGGGUUAGGGUUGAAGUAUUAUAGCGAGAACUGUCAUGUACAUGUUUAGUUUAUCUAAGUUUAAAACCAUUUGUUCAGGGUCUUUCCUACAACAGGUCAUGUUUUAUAACGUAGGCUGAACCUCGUUCAAAUCUCAAGAUGAACACAAUGUGGUCAGUCGGAUUGAUUCUUUUUAAGACAAAUCCUAGCAAAAAUCUUCAAGGAUUAGUCCUGUAGGUUAUUGUUCUCGUCUGACGUCUGCUAUGUUGGUCAGAUUGAAGAACAUGAAUAGGACUUGUUUUAGGAUUUAUCCAAUCUGACUAAAAUACAGAUCUAUAUUCUGUUUUGUUUUUUUAUAUUUUCGAUGGCCUACACUACAUGAAGAUCUUGUCGGUUGUACUGUGAGGUCGCGUCCGGGGUCAUACGAGCGGCUUUUGUCCCUAUGACAUCAGACAUUGAUUAAUCAAUUAGCGUUGAUGUUUCUAGGGGUUUACCCACAGUUCCGUGCAAAGCACGGCAAGAAUUCGCAGUAACAGACGGUUUCAUUGGUUAAUUCCUCACAUCAACUAGAACGCCUGUUAUAUAACAACUCUUCCAGAUCCUAGUGUUGUGAAGACAAAUAAAACGAAAUUUUGAACAAUAAAAAAUGAAAUGAAAUAGGAUCUGUGUUUUAAUCUGUGCGUUUGGAGGCUGAGUGGUUUUAAUGUUAGUGUGUUAGAUCAUAGCGUCUGACAUUGUGUCAAGUCCGGUGGUUACAAAGGAGUAGAGAGCAUCUGUCUGGGAUCACAAGUUCCCUCUCACUGCUAUAGACCCCUAUGUUAGGCCUGAACAUCCCCCAAAAAAUCUGUAAACUACAGGACAAAUUUUAUCCAUGUUGACACAAAAGGAUUUAUUUUAUAAUUCCUAAAGAUAAAUCCAGUAGUGUGACUCGAUCAGAUCAUCAAAACUGUUCGAAAUUAUAUGUGCAAUGUCAUCGUGGAAAACUCUCCUUGUUGAAUAUAGACAAGGCAGUGGACUCGUGCAAUGUAUAUAUUUAUAUAUUUAUAUUUAUCAAUAUAUUUUGAUUGUUGUAUUGUCACAGAUCCUGCUUUGUGUAUGACGUAUCGUUGCAACAGUUUGAUUAAAAUAUAAACACCUGG